UGAAACGAAAAUAGCCGUAAAAAGGUCAUCUCUAAAAAAAAGUGCAAAAUCCGUGCCAAAACCGAGUUAUUUGUAGCUUAAACGAACGACUAAACAGUCCACAAAGUGACGCGAGUGCUAAUUACAUGAAAAAUCCACUAAAAAUGUACGAAAAAAUGGAAAAUUCUGAACACUUGUAGUUUUCAAUAAAAUUACAAAGAAAAAAAGUUUCUACCAUAAUUUGUUCCGUACAUGCACGCCGUGUGUGUGUCGCAACGUCUACGUGAGAAAAUAAAUAAAACAAGCUGAGCAACAAAAAAAAACCCAAAGUGAAUAAAGAUACAACAGAAAUAAAGUGAAGAGCAAUACGAAGGACAUUGAUUGCCUUUAAAACAAAAGAAAAAAACAAAGAAAAAAGAGAAAAAAAGUGUUCGCGUUGAAAAAAACGUAAACAGAAAAAUUUCCAAGCAAAGUCAAAUGAUCUGCGAAUUGAGCACCGAAGCUAAAACAACGCAAUACAGACAAAGACAAUUCAAGAACAGACUAAUCAUUCACCCGAAAACCAUGUUCAGAAUACUGAGAGCGGUAAAGAGUCCCAAAAUGGUCAAAUAUUCACCGAGACUGAGAUGUUGCGCUGCCGCUAGUCCGAGUCACCUCUUGAACUUUUAAAUUUAACACGCAAGCACGCACGAUAUUCUCCCAAGAAGAAUAAAGCAAAAGUGUAUUUUGUUGCAUAAGUGAUAUCUCUAUUCUUUUGUGUUAUUAAGUGUUUGAUUAUCACACCUCUUACACUUAAGACGAAAAGUGCAUCGUUACUUUGCAGAUAUAUAACUAUUCGCAGAAAUUGUUCAAAUAUCGACAGAAAAUCAAAAAUCUAAAAAAAAAUCGCGUCCCUUUCUCCCAUUCUUAACAAAAAAAAAAAAAUAAAUUUACAAAAAUGAAACUUCUCGAAAGCUCCAAAUUCGAAGCCCUCAACUCGGCAUUGUCCUUCCAAACGGGCGACACUUCCAUGUUUGCCCGCAUCGAAAGUUACAGCUGCAAGAUGGCUGGCAACGACAAGCAAUUGUACAAGCGGUUCACGUCCGAAUCGUCGCCGAAUGACUUGGAAGCGCUUUCGCCGCCGCAAACGCUGAUGGAUUUGUCGCCGCAUCUCGCGCGCUCCAGCUUAUCCGGCGAUGAGGGCGUCACGCUAUGUGACACAAUUUCCCGGAAGACGUUGUUCUACUUGAUUACGACGCUGAAUCAGGCAUUUGAGCCUGAUUAUGACUUUUCCGAGGCGAAGAGUCAUGAGUUCAGCAAGGAACCUUCCCUGGACUGGGUCAUGCGUUCCAUCGAUGGGAACUUGUCGGCCGUUGCCUGCGAGCAGUUUAAUCAGUUGCGCAAUGCGUUGUGGUCCACAAUCAACGAGGAAAUUGCAUUGAAAGAUUGCGACAUCUACAGCUACAAUCCGGACAUGAGCUCGGAUCCGUACAGCGAGCCCGGUUGCUUGUGGUCCUUCAACUAUUUCUUCUACAACAAGAAAAUGAAGCGGAUUGUCUUCUUCACGUGCAAGGCACUAAAUCCCGCCUAUGUUGACAGCUCCAACAGCGACUUCGACAUGGACGAAGAAGGAUGCUACUAGAUGCGAUCUAUGCUCGUGGCUUGUCUUUGCAUCAAUGUACGUAACUUGACAACGCAGCCGCUUCAAUCAUAUUAUCGUUCGUAUAAGAAAUAAGCAGAAUUGUCAGCGACAUUCUUAACUUUCAUUCAAAAUAUUAAUUAUUAUAGCAAAUAUUACAAAAAAAAUGACAAAAAAUCACAAAAAAAAAAUAUUAGAUUGUAAAGUUUUUUCCCCCAAACACAUAAAUACGAUUUGAACAAUUUUUACAUAUAAUAUAUAUCUACUUUUGCAAAUUGUAACUUUAGAAAGGCGUGUGAGAGACGCGACGUGAGAAUUUCUAGAGUUUACACAAUUUGCGCGAUGCCGGCAAUCCAGAUCUGUUGAUUUUUUUUUCUAUAAAUAUGUCUAAGGUACCUUUAGUGAAAUAAGUGAAUGUUAGAAUCAUAAAGAAAAAAGCAAAAUUUCUCCUCUCACGAUGUCGAUAAAGACAAAGAAAAGUUAAAAAUGAAAUAAGAGUCUUUUAUAAAGUCUCCCAUUGAAAUUUAUGAAAAAUAAAUGAAAAAAUAUUCCCAUAGUGAGGGCAGAACAGAAUGAGAAAAUUAUCAGGAGCUUGAUAAAAAUAAUAAAUUAUUGAAUUCAAUAAUUAUUCUGUACGAGAAACAGAAGAGGAGAAACUUUUAGCUUAAAAAUUGAAAGCCUAAACAAAAAAAAUGUGAAAAAGGCAAAAAAAUGAAGUGAAAAAACAAAACUAGUGAUAGGAUGUAGUAGAUUUAAGAUUUUUUUCAUUAUCUUUAUUCAUACUACAUUAUAGCUUGUAUCAGUUUAGGAAGCGUUAUCAUAAAAAAGAAACAGGAAAACAAUAGAAAUUAAACAAAAAUUCUUAGAGGUUUCAAAGUUUUUGAUUUAAGGAAUUUUACUUGUAAAAAUUUACAUGUCAAAAUUUCUAAACCAAAAAUUUUAAGCUUUUAUAGAAUUUUUGGUAUUGAAA